CGGGCAGCAGAGGGGAGCAGGAUCCCACAGGAGAGUCUAACCCACCUACGCCACAUUCGUGCCCAACACUUGGCCGCACACGUGGUCUGCACCUUUCCACUGUCUGUCAUGGGAUGCCACAGCUGUCAGCUCCACCAAGUCACAGCUGCCCUUUGGAAAUCCCUGCAAAGGCUGUUUUGGGCAAUGAUCUGAGCACGCAGGAAUCCCUUCUGGAAAGACAACUGAGGGUCCCUUAAAGGUGCGUCAGGGGAAGGUUGAGAGAGGCACGCUUUGCCCAGAUCUGGCAUGCCCUGCGGCCCCAUCUCCCUCACCACUGGCUCACACUCCUUCAGAAAUGAAGGGUACCAUAGCUGAGCUCUGGUCACCGCUUCCCACCAUGCUCAACAGAAACCUGGCAGAUGCACAGCGCAGGAUUGCAACAGACAGUCCUUCUUAUUCACCUCUAUUUUCCCAUAUUAGUCUCUGCAGACCAAUCACAAACAGUUCGCCAAAGUUAAGCAAUAUCACAGAGAACUUUAAGAAAUGACUCUUAUCAUCCCUCCUGAGGAUAGGCUCAAUGGUCAAGGCCACAGUGAAAUCUUCCUUUUCUUGUAAAAGUUAACUAAAGUUAGUUAUUAAAGUGUUGCCAGUAUUUAGGGAGGUUCUGAAAUGAAGAACAGCACAAGAUACCUGCACUGCCUCUGAAAAUUUCAAGGAUAUCUUUUUCCAUAAAAUCUUGGUGUGGCUUCUUCUGAAGAGCUUCCUGUAUCAGGUUUUUAAGUGACUAAGGCCAGAAAGAAGCACACACGAGUCACCAUCUUCACCUGAUACUUCAGUAGAAAUGGUUGAACCUGUGGGCAACCACUAUGUUGUAGCCAGACCUGUGUACUCAGAGAAUUUGUUCAAUGAAGAGCAUGAGAAACUGCACAGAUACCAUAAAACCCUUUGGGAUCACCUGAAACUCUGUUUUCGCUGCUCCCCACAAAGGGUCAAAAAAAUUGCCUUGGGUUUUUUUCCCAUCACCUCAUGGCUGCCAGCAUACCGCUUCAGGGAGUGGAUCCUGAGUGACAUAGUCUCCGGCAUCAACACGGGCCUCGUGGCUGUCCUGCAAGGUCUCGCCUUUGCUUUGCUGGUCAAUGUCCCCCCUGGUUACGGACUCUACGCGGCGUUUUUCCCUGUCCUGGUCUAUUUUAUCUUUGGCACAUCCAGACAUAUAUCAGUGGGUCCCUUCCCCGUCCUAAGCCUGAUGGUGGGGGGAGCUGUCACCAGGCUGGUCCCCGACGACAGCGCUGCAAAUGGCACUUCCACGAAUCUCUCAGCAAUAAAUGAAGAGAGGGUGAUGGUGGCUGCAUCUGUAACCGUCCUUUCUGGGGUUUUUCAGUUGCUCCUGGGAAUCCUCCAGUUUGGAUUCAUCGUUAUUUAUCUAUCACAAUCGUUAAUCAGUGGUUUCACAACUGCUGCAGCUAUCCAUGUGGUGGUGUCUCAGCUGAAAUUCAUGCUUCAGCUACCUGUCCCUGGAUUUAAUGUACCAUUUGGCAUCAUCUAUACUCUGGAGAGCGUUUUCAGCCAGAUCACAAAAACAAACGUCGCUGACCUAGUCACAUCCCUUGUUGUCUUACUUAUCGUGUUUGUGGUGAAGGAAAUGAAUGAUCGAUACAAAGCAAAGUUACCAACUCCCAUCCCGAUCGAACUCCUUGUGACAGUCUUAGCAGCACUGAUUUCCUAUUUUGUUAAUUUUGAAGAAAAAUUUAACGUAGCUGUCGUCGGAAAACUUGAAGACGGAUUUCAAGAGCCUGUUGCACCCGAUGUAGGUGUCCUCCAAAAAUGUAUCGGCGACAGCAUUUCCAUCGCAAUUGUUGGGUUUGCAGUAGCCUUCUCCGUGGCUAAAGUGUAUUCCAUCAAGCAUGACUACCCAGUAGAUGGCAACCAGGAACUGAUUGCCUUUGGGCUGGGUAAUAUAGUUGGUGGUUCAUUCAAAGGAUUUGCCUCCAGCACUGCUCUGUCGAGAUCAGGGGUGCAGGAGAGCACAGGAGGCAAAACACAGAUUGCUGGUAUUAUCUCAGCUGUCAUCGUCUUGAUUGUGAUCUUGGCCAUUGGAUUUCUCCUGGCACCAUUACAGAAGUCAGUCCUUGCAUCUCUGGCUCUUGGUAACUUGAAAGGCAUGCUCAUGCAGUUCAAGGAAGUAGGCAUCCUGUGGAAGAAGGACAAGUAUGACUGUGUUAUAUGGGUGGUGACUUUCUUAGCUGCCGUUUUUCUUGGCCUGGAUAUCGGGCUUGCAACCGCCGUGGCAUUCCAGCUGCUGACCGUGGUGAUCCGCUCCCAGCUUCCAAGCUGCACCCUUUUGGCCAAUGUUGGGAGAAGUAACAUCUACAGAAACAGGAAGGAUUACACCGAUAUCUAUGAGCCAGAGGGAGUGAAGAUUUUCAGGUGCUCGUCUCCUAUCUUCUUCGCUAAUAUUGAAUUCUUCAGAGAGAAACUCAUCACCGCUGUUGGCUUCAACCCACUGAGAGUCCUGAGGAAACGCAAUAAAGCUCUGAGGAAGAUCAGAAAGAUGCUGAAGAAAGGAGAGCUGCAAGUGACACCCAAAGGCUUGAUUUGCACGGCUAACCAUGCACAUGAGUCAGAUGAAGAAUUAGACAACAACAGGAUAGAGGAGCUGGACCAGCCCACCAACAUGACAGAUUUGCCCGUUCAGAUCAACUGGGGUGGUGACCUCCCCCCUGGCAUCACUGUGCCCCGUGUCGACAUCCACAGCAUCAUUCUGGAUUUCUCAUCCGUGUCCUUCCUUGAUUUUUCUGCCAUGAGAGUCCUCCAAAAGACUUUGAAAGAAUUUGUCCGGAUCGACAUUGACAUUUACAUUGCAGGGGCACAUGAGGGAUUCCUGGAAAAACUGGAGAGAUGUGCAUUUUUUGAUGAGGAGAUUAAGCCAUCCGUAUUUUUCCUCACCAUUCAUGAUGCAGUUUUACACAUUUUGCUGAAGAAGGACAUAGCCAGCUCCCCCAAAUUAAAGCUCACGGAGGAGAAGGGUAGUGGCAACAACUACAUCACCAUCCCCAGCAAUGGACUGCGCAGCCGGGAGUGCGCGAUUCCAGCAGAAACAAAAUUUUAGAUUUAAUUUUCUAAAGAUAAUAUCCUCCAGCAACACCACGUCACUUACAGAAGAUGAACGCAGAUACAGUGGUGAGCAUGAAGACAGAAGGAUAGUUUUAAACACCUUAAGAAGCAUUUACUACAUGUAGUUAUGUUUCAAGUUUUGGAAUGGCCUUGUUAGGCUUUAUGCGUCUCUGUAAAUACAGGAAUGUAUUUAUGUACAUAUAUGGAGGCUAAAAUCACAGAGAUUUUCUUAUUUCAUACCUUGCUGACACCCUACCCACAGAGCUGAAGAAGCAGGUAAUGUUAACCCUAUUUGCAUAUACUUGUACAUAUAUCUAUAUUAUCCUGAGAGUUUGUAGACAACCUGUACAGUUACUAGAGAAUAUAUAAAUAUUUGAAAUCUUGUAAUUUAUAAGACAGAAAUAAUAGUUGGGAGUGAUAUUUUAUCUUCAGCUUGUAUAUAACUUGUAUAAAGUUUUCCUGAUGGUUUGUAAGAUACCUAGUAGACCGAGUUACUGAAGUUGUUGCAGGUCCCUGCCAUGAGCAUAGCAUACAUAGUGACUAACGUAUCUACUGUAAAACAUGAACGUUGUUACGGCAAGAUGCAGCAUUUUCAGAUCCAGACAUGACUCAUUGAUUUGGUUUGGGCUGAUACAAAGUGCACAAGAGAAGAUACAUUUAUAGCGAACUAUUAAAUAAUGAUUUUGGUAACUAACUCUGCAUUGCUCGCUGCAUUUGUCAAUACACCAUCGAGGUAGCUCGUGACCAGUGAGACCCAGCCUGUGUCCUGCAGCGAGUGGACAGAUGUGCUGGCCCCUGAGCUCGGCUGGGGGGAGCGGUGGGUGCGGAGCUGCCAGGCGGGCAUGCUGGAUUGCCCAGGUCUCUUAGAUGGGUGCACAGAGGACUUUAAAGGGUCCACUCCGAUACUCCAGCCUGCACAACCGAGCCUGCACAACCGCCAUCAAUUAACUCCUGCUGGAAGUCUACAGCUUGAAGAUAAACUGCACACGCCUUUCAGAGAAAAAAAAACAACCCAUGCUCAAUGUAGGGGAGCCAAGACAGUGGGUUGUUUGACACUGAUAACGUGCAGCUGUGGCCUUGCUUUGACAACGUGCAGCUGUGAUCCUGCAGCAAAGAGGUAAAUAACUCUGAGGAAGUGUGGGAGGGUGAAGCAGAGACAAGGAGGAGUGUGGUCUGGCCUCUGGAGGAUGAUGAAACAGCAUGGACAGCAGAGAGUAGCCUGUGGUGGGCAGCAGCUGGUUGCGUGGACAGUGGAGUUUGACCAAUGGUAAAGCUUUUGGCAGCGUGUGUACAGUGCGUAAGCUUAUGGAAGCUGUGGCUAGCUAAUAGUAAACGUCUUUGCUUCACCGUCCUUGCAAAGUCCUUGCUAUCAUACGCCACAGCCCAAAGUGGCAGAGCUCUUAAUUUAGCAUAGCAACUGCUGAAGGUAUGAAAAUCUUCAGCCUAGAGGAAAAUGGAGCCAUCUUUGGAGUCUAAAAGAAAUAGCAGUCUGAAAUCACAAGAGUUUUUUGUUUUCAAGUCUAGUUUUGACUUUCAACCAAGCUGGGGUGACCAGAACCAUGCAUUUGGACUUGUAGCAAAGAAGGGCCAAAGGGAAGGAGAAAGUCUUCUGGGCAAAUUUUUAUCUCCAUAGUAGGCAGGGCUUGAAAACAAAAUUUGAAGAAAAAACAAUAGAAAUAAUACAUUAUUUAUUAUAUAUUGUAACAGAAAAUAUGUAUAAUCAUAGUAUGAGUUUUAUCUCCGUAGUAUGCAGGACUUGAAAACAAAAUUUGAAGGAAAACCAGACAAAAAUUAGUGGGGAGAAAUUCCACUUGCUUUUAUAAAAGGUACAUAUACACAUGUAACAUCUAGAAAACUGAGCUCCCAAAGGGAAAUGCCAUAGAUGUCGCAUCUCUGGACCUGAGCAAAGCCUGCCAUGCCAUGUGGGCAAUUUUUAAUGCCGCUGGAGAAGAUGAGAUGACUAAAGGCACUGAAAGGCAUAGAAGGAUCGUGUGAAAGAGGAGGUGACAACUAGGAGCUCCGAAAGGUAAACACCAGAAUGGAGGAAGAACUACUCUGUUAAAUAUUUUCUUUUAAAAAAAACAACAAAAACCCACCAAAAAUCUGGAGUUACUUGAUUAAAUCUGCUAAUGAUUUAUUUUUUUGAUUUAAUUUUUUUAAUUAAAUUACAAUUUAAAUUUAAUGAUUUAACACCAGCUUGGAAGAUGGCGUUAAAGCGAGAAGGCUUUGAACACAGAAAGAACGAGGUAAGCUUGAAGACUGAGGUAAGAGAAGUUUGGCAUUCAGAAAACACAGGCGUGUAUUUGCAGACGAAUGACAAGCUGUGGUUCUGCGGUGGGUGAUCACAGACUCAAAACGGUGCGGGAGACAAGGGAGACAUGGCCUUCGGUGGCCAUCACAGCAAGAUGUUCCAGGCUGCUUUCCGCAGGCACCAGGCGGAGGGUGGGCAGCUGUGCUAGCCCUCUGCCCUCCUGAGCACGCCGCAGCAGGCGUAAGUACCUGUCAGCUGCCAGCCAGCACAACAGCGCCCAAAGCCAGGGUGUCACAGAAUCGCCUUUCUAAUGCAGCCUUGCAAAAACCCCAAUAUUCUGAUUAUAUCGGAACAGAUUUCUCCAGCAGAAUGAGGAAGAUACUAGUGCUGCUGUGUGAUGCACAGGGGAGAUGUCACUAAAGACUCUGAACUUCAGUACUGAGCCCUCCAGUUCAAGAAAGAUGAAGUCAAACGGUGAUUAAUGAGGAAAAUGGCCAUGAGAAUCUUUGCGGAAUGGAGAGUCUGUACCUAAGGACUGGCAAAAAGAGAUGCAGAUACAUCAGGAUUUAACUUAAGAGAGGAAAGGCUAUUUUCCUAUAAGGAAAAAAAUAAUAAUGUAUAAACUGGCCAAACAUAAACAUAAGCUAGAUAUAGAAGAUGGUUCCUAAUUUCCACAGUGGUGAAAUAGAUAAAAUAUUAGAAUAAUAGGAGCAAAAGCCCUAAACUACUUUUAAGAUAGGGCUUAACAUAUUUAUGCAAAUCACGAUGCCACAUCAUUCCAGUGGAAUCCAGACUUUCUGAGUCAGUCUGUUCUUUGCAGUCCCGUGCUCACAUGCACCUAUACAGACUCAGGCAACAUCCCCAGCAAAAGCAAGUCAGGCUGGUGGAAUACCACAUAUCGCACUUCAAAACCAUACUGGAUUUGCUGACAGGUUAAGAAAAAAAUAUUCUUUUCUAAAUGGCCCUCCUCAGAACGAUUCACUCCAAUGCUAAUGAGCCUCCUGACACAGCACAGUGCCCCAGAGCACAAAUCCCCCUUCUAAAACCACUCACCAUUUCUUAAAUGGACAUGAUGCCUAGACAGCCUUAACCAGAGAGCCUUGCGCUUCCAUGCCACACAAACCUACCAGCUAUUCGCCAUCCUCCUAAAUCACCCUACCCAUUUUUUAAUGUCGCCAACAGCAGCAUUGUAUUUCUGAUGCUUUAUGUGAUUUCCCCCUCCAGGUACUGGUUAUUCCUGCAUUCAGCUCUCUCUUACUCUAAUAUUGAUGCUUCCCUGGGCAGUUGACCCUUGUGUAGAUUGUAGCACUGUCACCUUGCUUUGUUGUGGGAUAUUGGUGAUGCAGAUUUACUGGUUUAUUCUUGAGCCAGGGACUUUUGGAAACCUAGAUAUUUAUUGGUCUUCCACUGGGCACUGUCGCUGCUCAGUUACGAGCAAUACCAUGCACCACUUUUUAGUAUUUUACUCAAGAAUAAGCUAAAAGGCAAAUUUCAUACCUGCUUUCUUUUUGGAGAGCUGACAGGUGUCGUGUUAAUUCUUCAUCGUAUGUCCUAAGCCUGUCUCUCCUUGGCACAGUGCAGGUGCUUGGUAACUAAGUAACAGGGAUUUUACCGGCAGCAAGAGGAAUGGAAAAUACAGAAGCCAUGGAGCCUGUGAUGUUCAGGCUUAGUCUCAAGCCUGGUUUUCACUUUGCAGUGCAGAAGAGGUUGCCUGUGUGAAAUAAGACAAAAAAUUCAAAUUUAUUCAGUUACUCAAGGUCUUGAGCCCAAUGGAGAAAGCAUUAUAAUAUGCAAACCCGUAUUUUUUUCAAUUUCAACCUAAGUUUCUGUUAAGGAAAAAGUACAUUUAAGUACACCUUCACUGAAAAGAAACAUCACUCGGUUCUCUGUUCCUCAUCCCUGUGCGGAAUGCACACAGCUUGCUUUUCUCACUCUUCUUUAAGCAUCUGCUCCCUUCUGCUUCCUGAGAAAAUGCCUGAAAGUUCUGAUCCAGAAAUGUACAACUCUCAUUAGCACUUACGUGAUUUUAUAGGAAAUAAUGCACCAUAAACUAUCUUGGAGCAGUGUUCAAGCAUUGGUCUUCAUAAAUAAAACUGAAGAAAACUCGUUGUCGACUGACAUAAUCACAUCUAUUUAAAAUCACUCAUUUUGGAUUUUUUAGGCAGUUAAGACGAAGUUUGUUUGUGAAACAUUCCUGCCCACUUGCACACAUUGUCACUCUUUCCAUUACCAGAAGAUGUUUGUUACAAUCUAGCACUUGAGAAUCACUUGUGUUCUAUUGUCAAAAUGAAUGAUUAAAGUUUCAAGAUGACUGAGCUAAUUUACCAGCUUCCUGCUGCUAUUCCACCCACACCUUUCUGGAUGCAUGCUGGAUUUUUUUAAUCUUUUGAUCUCUUGUACUCAUGAACUGAGUCAAAACUGACAACAAUUAAAAAAAAAACCCAACCAAACAACCAAAAAGUUAAUGCCCCAUAUUCAGAGAACAAGGAGAUACAAUUCAGAGUAAGAAAAGUUUCUAAAGUCACUCUGUCCUAUGGCUCAGCCAAGACUGAAAGGAGCUUGAAACUUCAUUAUUCUCACAUUGCCCAAACAAAUGCAGCUAACUACACUCCACAAACUGGUCAGAAUAAAUCGUCAGCGUGAGCAUAACAUACCUGAACACAGCAACGAACCUCAUCAUUGUGAAGGCACCAUUACUAUGAAAGGAUGACAACAAUUGCUAAGAAUUGCUUUUAACACCAUGAAUUAAAAACCAGGGGAAGUACAACUAGUAAAAUCCUGAUGUUUCCUUUAGAAAUGUAGACAGGAUGAAAACGAAUAUAAACCUUGCAAAUUUCUCUGCUGCAUUGGGCCCUGUAGCGUCAUAUAGAUGAAGAGAAGUUCAAACUCUUAUCCCAUACAUUCAACACUAUGUUGCAACCGCAACCCGCUGUGCUCCUCUGGUUUCCCAGGCUUGACAGUACCCCCUGACACAGCCCUGUGCGUGCUUUUGUCAGCAACACAGCAAUGCAGGCAGAGGGAAACAACACAUCAUCAGCACGGGUGUUACAGAGCAGGAAACAUUUUAAGAACAGAGGGGUGUGUUCAGGCUCGGUCCGCAGAGAAGGCAUAUCUGCAAAUGUGCUUUUAAGAACACUUGACUUCAUGGAAUGCCAGAGACAGGUUUUUUUUCUCCCUUGCUAUGUGUGCAAAAUCUAACAUGGAAUGAAUAACGGGUUACUCCCACUUUGGUUUUUAACAAAUGGAACUGGACACUCCUUUGAGAGCAGUAAGUGAAAAGAAGUGCAAACUCCAUCCAGUAAGGUUUUCUAAUUCUCUUGGAUCAGACUUCUUAAAAGUAAUUCAAAUUUUUCAUUUUUCUUUUUUAAAAGGCAUGAAAAACUUAAGACAUAUACGUAACCAAUCUUUAUGUUAAUAGCGCUUAUAAAAACCCCACCAAACAUAAAGUACACGUUCACACAACUAGCCUCCUUGUUGUGAAGUAUGAUGCAUGGUCGCAGGCAAUCCUUCAAGCAACAUUAUAGAUGGAAUUGAAGAUCAAGUGUAAGGAGACAAGCAUCUAAACCAUGGAUGUUUUCAGGCCAUCUGCUGAUGUGCUUUCAUUCCUUCCACACUGAACACAAACCUUCACCAAAAUCCUUUUUGUUCCCUUAUGUGGCAUUAUUAGAGGAACCUACAGAAGCUGACAAAUCUGAAUGUCAUCAGAAUUAUCUUCAAAACUUGAGAUCUGCUUGGCAAUGCUUUGGGAGGGAGACCACUGCCACAGACAAGGAUACUUAUUCAAAAUAAACAUAAUUAAUUAAAUUUAAACGUUUGUCUUUACAGGAAGGCAUAAGUAGGAAUCCAAAGAAUUCACAAGUACAUCUCACCAUUUCUAAAGACUGCAAAUUACACAAUUAAAUACAAUAUAUGAAUUUCUGAACUUCAUGCCGAAAUGAUCAGGUAUUUUGCAUAAAAAAGCCCAAUCAACCAACUGAGCAAAAAAACCAAACCCCCAAACACUCCAAAUCCCCCAUAAACAAAUCAAAAAGACUGUGAACAUAAGAUUUUGACCAAUACAAACAUUUUUUAACUUUGUAAAUAUGAAAGCAUUGACAAUACCCUUAGUUACAUAGGUAUGCUUAAGACUUAAUAAAUAAAAAAUGGAUUUAGGUCUUCCUAUACAAGCUGGACACAGAAAUUUGACCCAAGCCCAAGUCCUGCCUACGUAAGAUGACUUUUCAGCACGUCCGCUGUCACAGACUUUUGAUCCAUGGUCACUAAACAAUUCAAGGGACCCUACUGGUCUUUUGGGCAAUUUGUCACUUUGUAUGACGUAAGUCACCUUUGCCUCAAAUACAAAGAGAAAAAAAAUCUCACAUUUUCUACAAUGACAUACAUUAUGUUUUGUGCUUUUUGAUAGAGCAAAAGCUGCCAUUUUCCCUUAAUCAAUUCAACUGCCUCAGCACUUUCCAAAAAGCACCUUCUUGACAACUUCAGCUACCUUGGGACCCAGAAUUAUUAAAGCUUGAACCUUUCAUCUGCUUUGCAACAGACUGAGUAACACAUAAGUAUGCAACCUGACUUAUAGAAACUAGCGUGAUGGAAAGAGUUGCCUAAUUUCCUCAUCGCCUGUGACUGACAGGUAACGGCUGAUCUCAGAAUGUCUUAUUUCCAAAGCAGAGAACAGUGGCAAGGUUGAUGGAUCUCCCUGCACAGCAGCCUGCCACACGCUGUCCUUGUAAACCUGUCCUGCCUUCCCAGCCUAAACCAAAUGCAGCUGGUACCCAGACCCAUCACUAAAUCCGUUUAAAGCAGGCGUAUCAGACCCAAGUUUGGCUUUGCUGUCAAAAGAAUUAAUCAGACAUACAGAUGUCCUCCCAGACGAAGAUACAUGCUGCAAUAUAAAUGUGCCCAAGCCUACCGCUUCCCAAACAAUUUAACAGUGACAAAAGGGUGUCCUUAAAGUUCCUCAAGUGUUUAAGCUACUGAAACAAAAUAAUGAUGGCAGUCCUCUUCACCUUCAUCCACACUGAAACAGUACAUUUUCGACCAACUUCAUACCACAAUACACUAUUACAAUCAGCCUCUUUUCCUUCGCCAGUGUGUUUUAUUUAAAAUGACUUCAGUUUUCAGAAAAACCAAAACAAAAAACUCCGUCUUAGAGAGAAGCAUAUUACAGCUGAGCAGACUCUUAAUCAGUUGACACUGGCCAUCUGUAGAUCCCA